AUUGAGCCUUGGUGUCAUAUGUUUUGAGCAAUGACUUUGAGCUUCGCUGUAAGUAGCCCUUCUCUCAGUUGUGUUUGUGUCCUAUAUAUAUUCCGGGUGGAUCUCCCCACUUCUCUGUUGGACCGGACCCACGCAAACUACUAGAGUAUACACUAUAUUUCUUCUACCAACUAUGGCGGAAAGAAAGAAGCCUCCUACUAAUGCUACUAAUGCUCGCAAUUGGCGUAUGCCACAGAAACCACCGUUCACCGUAGAUGCCCCGGGCUACGAGCCUGUCGAGGGAGAAACUAUCCCUCGUCGAAAUGUAAACUACAAGGAUCAAUUGCUAGUCAGGCCGGAGGACUCAAUCAAUACCGUCUAUGAUAUCGUCAAGCGUGGUGCUGCGAAGUUCGGAAAUGCAAAAUGCAUGGGCUCGCGAGAGCUACUACGCGUGCACAAGGAAAACAAGAAGGUCAAGAAAAUGGUGAACGGACAAGAGCAAGAGGUGAACAAGGAGUGGUCAUACUUUGAACUAAGCGGCUACAAUUUCAUUAGCUUCAACGAGUAUGAGAAGCUGACCCUACAAAUCGGAGCUGGUCUGAGGAAGCUUCGCUUGGCCAAGGGGGAUAGACUACACCUAUAUGCAGGUACAAGUGAUCGUUGGCUUGCUACCGCUCAUGGCGCGAUUUCACAGUCCAUGUCCAUUGUCACUUCAUAUGACACCCUUGGCGAGGAAGGACUGCGGCAUUCAGUACUGGAAGCCCGUUCCAAGGCUCUGUUUACAGACCCACAGCUUCUGGGUUCACUCGUCAAUCUGCUGGUAGAUACUCAAUGUAUCAAAGUAAUUAUCUACAACAAUAACCUCUUGCUCCAAGAGGAGACGCUGAAUUCACUGAAAUCUGCACACCCUGGUGUGACUCUGAUUAGUUUCCAGGAGCUCAGGAAACUUGGAGAGGAUAACCCCAUCGACCCUGUGCCUCCAGAUGCGGAAGACAUGGGAAUGAUCAUGUACACUUCAGGAGCCACGGGGCCUCCAAAGGGCGUACCCCUGAAACACAAACAUGUUGUUGCUGCAGUUGCCGGAGUCAAUUCGUUACUCGGAAACCAUAUUAACCCCAGUGAUAUUGUAUUGACGUUCCUCCCCUUGGCGCAUAUUUUUGAAUUUGUAUUCGAACAUUCAGCGCUGUUCUGGGGCAUUCCAAUGGGUUACGGACACCCCAGAACACUCGUAGAUAUAUCAACCCGUAAUUGCAAGGGCGACAUCCGGGAACUCAGACCAACCUUGAUGGUCGGUGUGCCAGCUGUGUGGGAAACUAUGAGAAAGGGCGUCGUUUCAAAAGUUGAACAAGCUGGGGUAAUCUCGAAGAACCUCUUCUGGACAGCAUUUUACCUCAAACGCGCGCUCACAAAUCGCCAGUUUGGCGGAUCGGAUAUCUUGAACUCUAUAGUCUUCAAAAAGAUCAUUGAAGCCACCGGGGGCAGGCUCAGAUUCGUUAUGAAUGGUGCUGGCCCAAUUUCUAAGGAGACGCAAGAGUUUAUCUCCUUGGUUAUAGCUCCCAUGGUUAUCGGAUAUGGUUUAACCGAAACAUGCGCUAUGACGUCCGUUUCUGAUCCUUGGGGAUGGCGCUACGAGACUCUGGGCGAUAUUCCUGGCUGCGUUGAGAUCAAACUGGUUGAUUUUCCGGAAGCUGGGUAUUUCACCAAGUCCACACCACCACAAGGGGAGAUCUGGAUUCGAGGGAAUAGCGUCAUGGAAGGGUACUAUGAAAAUGAGACCCUCACAGCCGAAGUCAUGACAGCGGAUGGCUGGUUUAAAUCAGGUGAUAUUGGGCAAUGGGAUGAAAAUGGCCACCUCCGGGUCAUUGACCGGAAGAAGAGCCUGGUGAAGACUCUGAACGGGGAAUAUAUUGCACUGGAGAAGCUUGAAUCAGUAUACCGGUCCUCAAGCGUAGUGGGAAACAUCUGCAUAUAUGCAGCGCCCGAUAAAGCCAAAGCGAUUGCCCUAGUGGUCCCCAUCGAACAGACGCUAAAAAAUAUAGCUGCUGAGAACGGCAUCAAGAAACAGGAUCUCGGAGAGUUGGUGCAUGAUAAUAAGCUUCGAGAUAUCGUGCUGCAGGAUAUGCAAACGAUCGGGCGGAAGGCGGGCCUUGCUGGGCUGGAGAUCAUUGAGGGGCUUGUUCUAGUGGAGGAACCCUGGACGCCGCAGAAUGGUCUCACGACAGCGACGGAGAAACUGAACAGAAAAGGUAUUCAUAAUAAGUACAGGACUGAAAUUGAACAAGCGUAUGGACAGAAUUAA